AGACAACGAAUUCCACGUCACUGUCGGCUGGCACACGAAGCAAACAAAAAUCAAAAACGGACAUCGUGGCCAAACAUCGUGACAUCGACGAUUGGGUGCCCCAACAUAAUAUUGUGGCGCUCUGGGCGUGUGGAAGCGAGAGAGCAUAUCAUUAGCCGGCAAUACGUAAGCGCUACGCUCUGUGUGCGCAAGUGAGCAGGCAAUAAAUAACAACGUGAACAAGUGGUAGUGAGCAGAAACAACAACAACAAUACGACGGAUACACUAUUGCCCGUUGGAGCCGAGAGUCGUUUGCGUGGCAGUUUUUUUUUCUGUGUUGCUGUUGUUGCUACCGCUGGCUGUAUGUUUUGUUGUACUGCUGCGGCUGGUGGCAGCGCCGUUGUUGUUGCUUCUUGGCUCUGUUUGCCAGUAGGCCGCCUUGGCAUUCACACACACAGCGUUUUCGGUGAAACGUAGCCACACAUUCAUUCAGUCAGUCAGUCAGUCAGUUAGUCAGUCACUCACUUACAGGUGAGCAGCAGCAGCAGAAGCAGCAGCAGCAGCAGCAGCAGCAGCUAAACUAAAAGCAGGCAGGCAGCAGAGGCGGCUGGACCACAGGCGCACUGGAAUAAAAAAAUAAAUAAAUUUAAAUUAAAUUAAAAAAUAAAAGUGUUUAACAAGAAUAACAAAAAGAAGAAGAAAGACAAUCACUAGAAAUACACAACUGGAAGACGCCUACGUCAGCAAAUUGCAGCACAAAUUCCAAUCCUCAACUAGCCAGAAGAAACAACAACAACAACAACAAGAAUAACUAUGGCCAUCAAACCGGGAAUCGGCCGCAAGACGAGCAACAAAAAUCCACCGAUAUUGAGCCAUGAGUUUGUCAUACAAAACCAUGCGGACAUCAUCUCCUGUGUGGCAAUGGUAUUUGUUGUCGGACUGAUGAACGAAUCGACGGCAUCGUUUGCCAGCGCCUUCAUAUCGCUGCACCACAAUGUGAGUGGCGAGGAGGCUAGCCGGGAGCAGCCGUAUGGCAAGCCGUACACGUAUAUGGCCGGCAUUAAGGACUAUUGUGCGAUAUUCUUUUAUACGCUCACCUGCAUCAUUAUGCACGCCAUCAUACAGGAGUUUGUGCUGGACAAGAUUAGCAAGAAGCUGCACUUGUCGAAAUUCAAGCUGGCACGUUUCAACGAAUCCGGCCAGCUGGUCGCCUUCUAUCUGCUCUCAUUCGUUUGGGGCACGCAGGUGGCGCUGCGCGAGGGCUACCUGGGCCAAGUGGCCCAACUGUGGGAGGGCUAUCCGGCGCAUCCGAUGAGUUUCCUGCACAAAUUCUACUUUAUCAUCCAGCUGGCAUACUAUCUGCACAUGCUGCCCGAACUCUAUUUCCAAAAGGUGCGCGCCAAGGAGGAGCAACAGCCCAAGAUCAUACAUUCCAUAAGCGGAUUCACGCUCAUUGUAUUGGCCUAUACGCUCAGCUUCCAGCGUCUGGCGCUUGUGCUGCUCACGCUGCACUACUUCAGCGAGCUGCUCGCCCACAUAUUCCAGCUGAUUGGCGUCUUUGAUCGCGAGGAGCGUCUGGCACGUGCCAACAUUGUGAACAAUGUAUGCUUUGUCCUGGUGCGCUUUGCCACCUCGGUGAUUGGUGUGCUGACGCUCUACUAUGGCAUUGGCAGAUCUGGCGGCAGCUAUAAGGCGCGUGCGGUAAUUGCCAUGAUUGGCCUGAUCGCCCUGCAGGGCUAUCUGGUGUACUCGUUUAUCACCGAACAGUUGCGCGCCAAGCGGGAGGCGAAGCGUGAGGCUAAGCUGCUGGCGGCGCAGACCAAGAAGGCGAAGGCCCCCAACAAGGACAAGGUGAAGCGCAAGAAGGAGAGCGAUCUGCCCGAGGCCGACCAGGCGUCGCCCAGUCCCGUCAAGCAGAAGCUCAAGUGAAUCCAGCUAUGCACAGCUGCAGCUGUGCAACAACAAAAUCUUCCGCACACUUCCAGACGCUCAAGCAACAAACAACAACAACAAACACAAACGAACCGAACGGACUUUCAGCGAACUCCAGCAUUUGCUACACUAGACAACACAACACAUGAAACAUUUUUAUACUGUCGCGCUGCAUUUACAAUAUUCUCUCAGAGCGGAAGCUAUUUGUAAACCUAAAUGUUUUGUUUCAUUUUAAGUUUAUUUUUUUUUUUAAAACAUUAUUAUUACAAAUUACAAAUAUUUUUUAUUUGAAAUAAACAAAUUUUUUAUUUUUAUACAUGAAUGCGAAAAAGAAAUCAAAAUUAUAUGAACAAAUGUGUUUUCCGUCUCUCUCUCUCUCUCUCUCUGUGUGUGUGUGCGUGUAAAUGUAAAUGAGAACUACAAAAGCAAUGUAACAUAUAUGUAUGCAUAUGUAUGUGCGCAUUGCUUAUAUGUAUGUAUGUAUGUGCAUAUGUUUGUGUGUACAUAUAUCAAAUACUUUUAAUGUUAGUUUAUCAUUUUGAUCGUGUGGUUUUAUACGUCCUAAUGAAUGUAACGAAAAAAAAAGAAAACAAAAACAAAUUGCUAAAUAUAUUUUGUAUAAGAAAAAUAACAAA